AAUUUUCUCCCACAAACAAAAACAGAAAAGAAAAGAAAUCUAAAAUCAUUCCAUUUCUUCAAAAACCCUUUGAUAGUUAUAUAUAUAUAUUUUUUGUAUUAUUAUUUUCUCAAUAGAUCUGCGCAGCAGCACCCACCAUUUUCAUUUCAAAUUUCCCAUCUAACCGGUUUUUUUUUCUUCAUCUAACCAACCCUAGCAGCGUUGUUUCGUAGGACGACCCUCGGUUUUGCCACUAUUUACGGCGUUAACCCAUUGGAAGAAACUCCACUCUUUAACUUCCUUUUUUGCGGUUGUAUAUAUAGAUUUCUGUUUUUUUCCUAGGUUUUAGAAUUUGUUUGUUUUUUGGGGAGUUUAGGGCCGUGCUAUGAAUAAUAGAGGGAGGUAUCCAUCGGUGCUCGGCCGUGGCCGCGGAGCGAACGCGAACCCUAGCUUUCAAUCGAGGCCGGAGCAACCGCAGUAUGCGCAGAGAAAUUUGGUGCAGAAUCAUCAUCAUCAUUUUCAACAACAGCAACAUCAUCAUCAUCAUCUGCAACAGCAACAACAUCAACAGCAGUGGCUCAGACGAAACCAAUUGCCCGGCGGAAAUGACUCCACUGUCGCCGAUGAGGUCGAGAAGACCGUACAAUCUGAAGCCGUCGACUCAAGUUCACAAGAUUGGAAGGCAAGGCUAAAGAUGCCACCAUCAGAUACACGCUACAAAACGGAGGAUGUGACAGCUACCAAAGGAAAUGAAUUUGAAGACUACUUUCUGAAACGUGAACUUCUUAUGGGAAUAUAUGAGAAGGGCUUUGAAAGACCAUCUCCUAUUCAGGAAGAGAGUAUUCCCAUUGCUUUAACUGGAAGUGAUAUUCUUGCUAGAGCCAAAAAUGGAACUGGGAAAACUGCAGCAUUUUGCAUUCCUGCAUUGGAAAAAAUUGACCAAGAUAACAAUGUUAUUCAAGUUGUUAUACUUGUUCCAACGCGAGAACUUGCUCUUCAGACAUCACAAGUUUGUAAGGAACUCGGGAAGCAUUUACAAAUUCAAGUUAUGGUCACAACAGGAGGUACCAGCCUCAAGGAUGAUAUUAUGCGAUUGUAUCAACCGGUCCAUUUACUGGUUGGAACCCCUGGCAGAAUACUAGACCUUGCUAAAAAGGGUGUUUGCAUUUUGAAAAAUUGUUCAAUGCUCAUCAUGGAUGAGGCGGAUAAACUUUUGUCUCCAGAGUUCCAACCUUCUCUAGAGCAGCUGCUAUGUUUUCUUCCCCCAAAUCGUCAAAUUUUGAUGUUUUCUGCCACAUUUCCUGUUACCGUUAAGGACUUUAAAGACAGAUACCUAAAGAAACCUUAUAUUAUUAAUCUUAUGGAUGAGCUUACUCUGAAGGGUAUUACACAAUAUUAUGCCUUUGUGGAAGAAAGACAGAAAGUCCACUGCCUAAACACUCUUUUCUCUAAGCUGCAAAUAAACCAAUCAAUCAUUUUCUGCAACUCUGUGAAUCGGGUGGAACUGUUGGCCAAGAAAAUUACAGAGCUUGGCUACUCAUGCUUUUAUAUCCAUGCAAAAAUGCUUCAGGAUCAUCGUAACAGAGUAUUUCAUGAUUUCCGCAAUGGUGCAUGCAGGAACCUUGUUUGUACUGAUCUUUUCACAAGGGGUAUAGAUAUCCAAGCUGUGAAUGUUGUUAUAAACUUUGACUUCCCCAAGAACUCAGAAACAUACCUUCAUAGGGUUGGUCGAUCAGGAAGGUUUGGUCAUCUUGGAUUAGCAGUGAAUUUGAUCACUUACGAGGACCGCUUUAACUUGUAUAGGAUUGAACAAGAACUUGGGACCGAAAUUAAGCAAAUCCCUCCUCAUAUUGAUCAGGCUAUUUACUGCCGGUGAUUUAUUGCGGGUGUUUCUUGUUUUAGCCCAAAGGUGAUAACAAAUGGUAAUGUUAAUGAAGCUGAUCAUUCAAGGUGCUUUAGUGGUGGUGAAGAGCGAGUUGGUGCUUUAUCUAUGUACCCCUUGGAUGCUUCUAUUCAUUUCUUAAAUUUCAUAAUUUCAACAGAAUAGCAGUAGAGAAAUUAUAUGAGCCAUGCUUCGAUUUAGUAUACAUACCAAUGGGUAGUACCUACUUAUAUACUGGCCUGGUCUGGUCUGAUCAUCGUCGACUCGAUUUUAAGGUUAUGCCUUGCGCAAGAAAUUUAUGCUCCCCCUUGUUCUUGGCAGUUUGUUUGCUCGUCUCUGUCAUUUAAAUAAAUAAAAGUAUCUGACAUUUAAAAUUAAA